AUGUCUGCCUCGGGUACUUGGCUUUCACCACUAUGGGACUACCGAUAUACGUCCCCCACUCCCGAACAGCUCCGUGAGCGGCGCGAGCUCCUCACGUUACGUGGUCAAUAUGCUCAGCUAUCCACCCUGCUCCUGAUUUUGUUCUUCAGCGCCUAUAGAUUGGGCGCACGACGGAUCAGAAGCAGCGGCAGAGGCAAAAACCAAGAUGCCAAGUCAUCCUCAUUGCCAUUAUCAGUAUGGCUAGAUUCUCCACUCAUGCGCAGUGGGGCCGAGACGAGGAGACAGUAUCUCGUCGCGACGGUAUGGAUGGCGUGGUUGCUUGCGCUUUCGGCUUGGAGGACGGGUAAUGACUACCUUCACUUCACCAAAUCGUUGGGCCACACCGCCCUCGCCACAAUCCCCUUCAACCUUCUGCUCUCCCCCAAACUCUCCACAACAACCCACCCCUUCAACCUCGUCUGCUCCCACCUCCUCCACCUGCCUCAGACCCAUUUAACCCCCUACCAUCGCCUCUUCGGCCGGCUAGUCAUUCCCACGCUCAUCUCCCUGCACUCAGCGCUGUAUCUCAUGUUCUUCGUGGAAAAUGGGGUGCUGGAGAAGAGGCUCAAUGACCCGGAUGUACAAAUUGGGAUUAUAGGGGGUUGGAUUUUGGUCCUGUUAUGGGGAACGAGUGGGUGGGUAGUGGGGUGGGUGAGGGGUCAGGGGAAUCCGACGUCAAGAUCAUUAGGGUCGGGGUCGAAAUCGAAGCGGAUGGCAUAUGUCGUGCAUGUUGCGUUGGUUAUUGUUCUUCUAGGAGCAGUGUAUUUCCAUGUUGAGCAUGCGAGGAAAUUCGUGGUGCAGGCUCUGAUGAUUUAUGGGGUUGACGUCGGGAGUUGGGUGAUUAAGCGUUUAUAG